AAUGUCGCCCCGCCCCCUCUCUCGCGCGCUAUGACAUCCGCGGUUGAAUUUCAUCAUGCGCACUUCUGGCUCGAGCGUGUCCGCUCCAGGCCACCGUAGCGGAGACUCAUCUCUCUCAUCCUGGGUAAAGCAGCAGAAACACAAUGUGUGGUAUAUGGGCCUUGUUUGGCAGUGAUGAGUGCCUGUCAGUUCAGUGCACCUGUGCCAUGAAGAUCGCACAUAGGGGUCCGGAUGCUUUCCGCUUCGAAAAUGUCAACGGUUUCACCAACUGCUGCUUCGGCUUCCACCGCUUGGCCAUCGUGGACCAGCUGUACGGGAUGCAGCCGCUACGCAUUAAGCGCUUCCCUUACCUCUGGCUCUGUUACAAUGGCGAAAUCUACAACCACCAUCGGCUGAAAAAGCACUUUGAGUUCGAGCACCAGACCAAAGUGGACGGAGAGAUCAUCCUCCACCUGUACGACCGCUUCGGCGUCGAGAAGAUGGCGUCGCUGCUGGACGGAGUGUUCGCCUUCGUGCUGCUGGACACGGCCAAUAGGAAAGUUUUCCUGGGGAGAGACACGUACGGCGUCAGGCCUUUGUUCAGGAUGCUGACUGAAGAUGGCUUCCUCGCCGUGUGUUCAGAGGCCAAAGGCUUGACCCAGAUCAUGCACUCCAUGUCGAACCCUGUGAAGAUCACCCCAUUCCUACCAGGCCACUUCGAGGUGUUUGACCUGAAGCUGAAUGGAAAGGUGGAGUCUGUUCAGCUGGACCGGUUCCACUGCUGCACCGAAGAGCCCAAACAUGCUGCCUACGACAACGUCGAGAACCUCGGCACGGGUUUCGCUCUGGAAACAGUAAAGAGCAACAUCAGGAUCCUGUUUGAAAACGCUGUGAAGAAGCGCCUCAUGGCCCACAGGAGGAUCGGCUGCCUCCUGUCAGGUGGUCUUGACUCCAGCCUCGUCGCUGCUAUGCUUGUUAAGCUAGCCACGGAGGAGCAGCUGCAGUAUCCCAUUCAGACGUUUUCAAUCGGGGCAGAAGACAGUCCAGACGUUAUAGCUGCACGCAAGGUUGCAGCUCACAUAGGCAGUGAGCACCACGAGGUGAAUUUCACCCCAGAGGAGGGCAUCCGCGCGCUGGAGGAAGUUAUUUUCCACUUGGAGUGUUACGACAUCACCACAGUGCGCGCGUCAGUUGGCAUGUAUCUGAUCUCUAAAUACAUCCGAGAGAAGACGGACAGCGUGGUGAUUUUCUCUGGUGAGGGAUCUGAUGAACUGACGCAGGGCUACAUCUACUUCCAUAAGGCUCCAUCGGCCAAAGCUGGAGCGGAGGAAAGUGUGCGUCUGUUGAAGGAGCUUUAUCUGUUCGACGCGCUGAGAGCAGACAGGACGACAGCCGCACACGGGUUGGAGCUGAGAGUGCCCUUCCUGGACCACAGGUUCACCGCAUACUACCUCUCUCUGCCUGAGGAGCUGAGGACGCCCAAGGAUGGCGUGGAGAAGCAUCUUCUGAGGGAAGCGUUCAAAGGACUGAAUCUGAUUCCUGACGAGAUUCUGUGGAGACGCAAAGAGGCUUUCAGUGACGGACUGACGUCCGUGAAGAAGUCCUGGUACAUGAGCUUGCAGGAGCACAUCGAGUCUGAGGUGAACGACACCGAGUUAGAGAAAGCGGCCGCGUUGUUCCCCUACAACCCUCCCGCUACCAAAGAAGGCUUCUUCUUCCGGCAGAUCUUCGAGAAGCUUUACCCGGGACGCUCCGAAUGGACGCCGCAUUACUGGAUGCCUCGAUGGAUCAAAGCUACAGACCCCUCGGCCAGAACCCUGUCCAUUUACAAACCAGACAAAGAUCAGUAACAACUUGUAAUUCUAUUCCAAAUACUGCAUCACAUCGUUAGAUCAAGCCUUUCUCUGACUUUCUGUUCUACGAUAAACACAGCAUGCAAGAGUUUACCAGGUCAGAAUACUGCGUCAUCCGGCGUGCCUUUUAUAACAAAGCAUAACAUUUAAAAUAGCUUUAAAAAUGUUUACUUUGUACGGAAUAAUACACUUGGGGACGUGUUGUUAUAGGAAAAUAAUCGUGGUGUGAUAUAUCCCAAUGUGACGCAGCAUUACUGUUGAUUAUUUUCCAAUACCAGCAUAUCCCAAAGUGUUUUAUUCCGCUUAUAAUGCAGAACGAAAUGUUACACUUUUUAUGCUUUUAUAGUUGUGGAGUACCCGCAUAGCAGCUAGAAAUAGUUGUUCCCUCACUUUCUCUUGAAGAUAAUAAAACGAAAAGAAAUGCAGCUUGUUAGUUAUAGCGUUACCUCUAUACCUGGAGACUCCGUUCAAAAAUGUUAAAUGUUACAUCUCCUAACAGAAAACUAGAUAACAUGUUUCUUUGUUAUCUAUUGUUCGACUUAGAUUACAUGUCAUACAAGUCCCUAUGAAUUAGCCGUUGCCAUAGAAACGAUAAUGCGCACAUUGCAGCCAGAACUACUGUCCGAGCUGCUGUUAUGGAAAACUAAUCAACACCUCCUGACCAAUCAGAUAAAAUUCAACAGCGCUGUGGUGUCAUUAAAAAUAAAUCGACUAUACAGCAUACAGUACACACAACAAGGAUUAAGGAACAGGGAAUAAUUCAGGGAACAAAGCAUGAAUUUUUAUUCAUUACUCAUUAUUGUAAUUUGGAGCAAAAUAAAACAUUUAAAUUGUGUUUUAAAUCUUGUUAUACUGUGAACUGUGACGUCCCAUUUUUGUAAUCGCUUUUUCGACUGCCUCAAGCAAAAGUAACCCAAAGGUACUCUGUUAUUGUAAUAAUCCUAAUAAUACAGCACUUAUUAACCAUUUAAUGAUUUUUUUUAAAGUACUGAUUCAUGAGCAUUUAAACCUGAUUUGUGAUUCCAUGGCAUUCUGCCUAAUAAUGUGUAAGAAUAUCUUAACGCAGUAAAUGAAAGUUUGACUCUU